AUGGCACAUUCGCUCCGCGCCCCAACGGCUCCAUACAGCGAGCCCCUUCUCCCACAACUCGACGUCCGCAAUCCAUACUACACCGAUCUACACCACAAGCUUCGCGCCUGGGUUCGCGAUUACGUCGAAACAUCUAUCGCGCCUUACGCACAGGAAUGGGAAGCUGCAGGUCAAGUCCCCGAGGAAACACGGCGACGCCAUUGCGAACUGGGAUUUGGCAUCGUGCAUCCCUUGACUACUGAGGAUCACGCUGCUGGCCUGUCGCUGCCGGGUAAUGUACCGCGUGACAAAUGGGAUACGUGGUGUUCGCUCAUCUUGACGGAUGAGUUGACGCGUGUGGGGUUCGUUGGGGUUGUCUGGGGGCUAGGUGCGGGCAAUGGGAUUGGGUGUCCACCUAUCGCUAAAUUCGGCACGCCUGAGCAGCAGCGACGGUGGCUUCCCGGUGUUGCGAAGGGUGAUAUUAGGUUUUGUUUGGGAAUUACGGAACCAGAUGCUGGCUCUGACGUUGCCAAUAUACGUACUACGGCCAAACGCGAGGGUGAUCAUUAUAUCGUCAAUGGAGCUAAGAAAUGGAUCACCAACGGUAUCUGGGCCGAUUACUGCACAGCUGCUGUGAGGACCGGUGGUCCUGGACGAUCAGGUAUUAGUCUACUAGUCAUUCCACUCGCGACCGAGGGGGUGACCUGCAGGAGAAUGUCCAACUCUGGUGUUAAUGCGAGCGGGUCUACCUUCAUUGGAUUGGAGGAGGUUCGUGUACCCGUGGAGAAUCGUAUCGGAGAGGAGAACAAGGGCUUUUCUCUGAUCAUGUCAAGUAGGUCUCGCCUUUUCAUCAGCAUUCCAUUCUCUAAUCUUGACCAAGACUUCAACCCGGAACGCCUGGCACUGGCCUGCGCCUCUUUGCGAUUAGCUCGUGUCUGCGCUGAAGACGCAUUUAACUAUGCAGUCCAACGCGAAACAUUCGGAUCCCCUCUAAUCCAGAGACAGGCGAUCCAAUCCAAGAUUUUCAAGUUUGGCUUGAUGAUUGAACCUGCCUAUGCCUUUAUGGAGCAGCUUGUUAAUAUCCUAGAGCUGACUAAAGAUCGCCCUGUGGACGAUGUCAAGAUCGGCGGUAUGACUGCCUUGUUGAAAGUCAUGUCGACAAGAGCUUUAGAAAAGAGUGUACGAGAGGCACAGCAGAUCCUUGGGGGUGCAGGGUAUAACAAGGCUGGUAAGGGUGCCCGUGUUGAACAAAUUAGCCGUGAUGCUCGGGUACACGUUGUUGGUGGUGGCAGUGAAGAGAUUAUGCAGGGACUAGCGCUUCAGGAAGAGACAAAGGCUUUGCAGUCACGACGCAGGGUCCUCGAAAAGACGCGGUCGAAGAUCUAA